AUGUCAACAAAAAAAAAAAUUAAAACAGAUAAUAAUAAUAAAAUAUUUCAAGAUUUUAUUGAUUUUGAAAUUUUAAGAUCUUUAAUCAAUUAUUUAUUAAUCAACAAAACAAAUAAUAAUAAUAAUAAUAAUAAUAAAUAUAAAAUUAGUAAAUUUUAUUUACAUAGAAAUGAAAUAUUGAAUUAUAUAUUAGUUUCAAAAAAGUGGUAUAAUUUUAUAUCAUUAACAAUAUCAAAUAAUAUUAUUAAUAAUAAAUCAUUUGAACAUUGGUUAAAAAUUAAUAAUAAUAAUAAUAAUAAAUCAUUUACUAAAAAUUAUAAUAAUCAAAAUCGAUAUGAUAAAAAUAAUUUAAUUUUUAAUAACAAAUAUAGUAAAAAUAAAAUUGGUUUUAAUAAAGAAUUUUCAAUUAUAAAAAUCAAAGAAUCAAUAAUCAAAGAUUAUUUUAAAUUCAAUUUAUUUUUAAGUAAUAUUACAAUUGAUGAUUUUAAAGAAAUUAAAAAUAAAUUUGAAAAUAAUCAAUUAGUUUAUAAUAGAAUUGUUGUUGAUAUUAAAACUGGCUAUUAUGGUGAAGGGAAUCAAGAUGAAAUUUUAUUUAAAAUACAUGAAUAUGUAUCAAAUGAAAAUUCAGAAAUCAUAUCAAAUUUAUUUAAAAUAUUAGAAUUAAAUCAUGAUUUUAUGAUAAUCGAUGACUUUCAUCCAAAAUCUAAAGAAGAGGAUGAAGAGGAUGAGGAGGAUGAUGAAAAUGAUAAAGGUAGUAAGAAAUGUACUGAAAUAUAUUUAAAUAAUUUAUUGGUUUCCGGUUAUGAUCUAACUAUGGAUGAGGAUGAAGAUAGAGAAUCAUUAAAGAUAUUCAAAAUAUUUAAAAGUAAAAAUAUAUUUUAUGAUGGGUCUGGUAUUGCUAGUGAUAUUCCAACACAUGUCAAUUAUUCAGCAUUGUUUGAUCCUGAUAAUUCAGGUCAACAAGUUGAAUCGAUUAAAGUAAAAAAUGAACUUGAAGAUCCUGAUUUUGUAGAACCACUCCAUUUAAUCAAAGUUAAUCAAUUUAAAAAUUUACAUUCAAUUACAAUACCAAUUAAUUCAUUUCAAAUAUUAUCAAACUUAUCCGAAGAAAUGGGAUAUUUUAGUAUCGAUUGUUUUAAAUCUGGUUUUGGUCUUUCAGAUAAUAUGAAAUCAGAAUUAAAUCAAAUGAUCAAUUCAUUCAUUACAAGUAAAUCUUUAAAAAAUUUAAAAAUAACAUCUAUUAGUACAAAAGAAGAUCCAAUUGAUUAUGAUGCUUAUUAUGAUGAAGGUGAUCUUCAAACUUUUAUGAAUCAAAUAAAUGAACCUAAAGAAUCAUUUUCAAAUUGUUUCAAACCAUUAUUUUCAGAAUUAAAUACAUCAAUUGAAAGAAUUGAAUUUGAUUGUUGCGGUUUAUUAAAUAUCAAUACAUUUUCAAAUUUAUUAAAUAAUAAAUCAAUUAAAUAUUUAUAUUUAUAUGAUAGUGAUUUCUUUUUUUCUUCAUUAAAAACAAGUGAUGGUGGUAGUGAUGAUUGUGGUAUUGAUGAUGAUGGUGGUAGUGAUGAUUGUGGUAUUGAUGAUGAUGGUGGUAGUGAUGAUUGUGAUGCAUAUCAAAAAAUUAUUUCCAUUAAUCAAUAUCUAUUUGAAAAUAUAUUUUCAUCACCAUUAACAUCAAUUAGACAUUACAGAAUUAAAUUCAAAGAAUUAGAUGAAUUAAAAUUCAUAUUUAAUUUAAUAUUAAAUAAUAUUUUUAAAUUACAAUUAUAUUCAUUAAUAUUUGAAUUCAAUGAAAACGAAUUAGUUUAUGAAUUUGUUAAAGAAUUUAAAAAUUUAAUAAAUAAUAUUUCAAUACAAGAACAACAACAACAACAACAAAAAUCAAACAACAUAAAUUUAAAAGAAAUUAAAAUUAUAAUAAAUGAUGACUGUUUAGAAGAAUUAAAUAAUCCAUAUUUCAAAACAACAAUAAAGAAUAGCCCAUAUUAA